AUGACAGGGCACGCUCCGCCGGACCGUGAAUACCUGUCCCAGACACUUAAGAGGCAACCAAGGCGUGCACGGGUGGCGCAGGAGCUCACACCUCGUCAAGCCUGGGCGGUGGUGCUCCACCGGGAGAGGAGGCUCUUUCCAGUUCGCCCUCCCACUCCCCUGGUGAACGGGCUGGGGGGCUGUGACGGCAUAGCAGGUCCCAGCCCGUCCGCCCCGGCGGGCGCAUCGAACGAGCCCCCCAUCGCUGAAGGUCACGCCGGGGCGGCGGCCGCCGGGCAAAACCGCGCCGCGUUCUCCCCCCUCGCCACCCACCGGCGAGGGGCGGGCGCACCGGGGACCCGUGCGGCGGCGAUUGGCUGUCGGCGGGGAGGUGGGGGGAGGAGGAGAGCGGCGGGGCCGCGGCUGGCUGCAGCGGCGGGCGCGGAGCCCAGAGCGGGCGCGGCGGAGCAUCUUCGGGCACCGCGGCCCCGGUGUGGGCCGCCUCCCCCGCAGCUCCCGGCCUCAUAUGGGCGGUGCCGGCGCCCCAGCCCCCGCACGCCCGUCCCGCUCGGCGUUAGCAUGGGCACGGUGCUCUCCCUCUCCCCCGCCGCCUCCUCGGGCAAGGGCGGCGGCGGCGGGGGGCUGCUGGCCGAGAAGGCGCCGGGAAGGGUCCCGGGCAAGGGCGAGAGCCGGCUGAAACGCCCCGGAGUGCUCAUCUCGGCGCUAACCUGGAAGCGGCUGGUGGCCGCCUCGGCUAAGAAGAAGAAGAGCACCAAGAAGGUGACGCCGAAACCCGGUGGCGGAGCCCCGGCGGGGGCCCCGGGUCAGCCCGACCCGCUGGUGGUGCAGCGCAACCGCGAGAACUUGCGCAAGUCGGUGGUGGGGCCGGCCGACGGCGCUAAGCAGGGCCCGCUAGCCGUGCCGGUGCCCACAGUGCCCUCGGCGCCGCAGGAGCUGCACCCGGGCUCCGGCGGUGGAAAGCCGCCACCGCCGCCAGCCGGCAGCCGCCCCGCGGGGUCUCCGCGCCGCGUGGUGGUGCAGGCUUCCACCGGAGAGCUGCUGCGCUGCUUGGGGGACUUCGUGUGCCGCCGCUGCUACCGCCUGAAGGAGCUGAGCCCCGGCGAACUCAUCUCGUGGUUUCGCAGCGUGGACCGCUCGCUGCUGCUGCAGGGCUGGCAGGACCAGGGCUUCAUCACCCCGGCCAACCUGGUGUUCGUCUACCUGCUGUGCCGGGAAGCGCUGCGGGGCGAAGACAUCGGGAGCCAGGCCGAGCUGCAGGCCGCCUUCCUCACUUGCCUCUAUCUCGCCUACUCCUACAUGGGCAACGAGAUCUCCUACCCGCUCAAGCCUUUCCUGGUGGAGGGAGACAAGGGGCGCUUCUGGGAGCGCUGCCUGGGCAUCAUCCAGCGCCUCAGCGCCAAGAUGCUGCGAAUCAACGCGGACCCGCACUACUUCACGCAACUCUUCCAGGACCUCAAGAGCGAGGGCGAGGGCGGAGACGGGUCCAAGCACUGGACGAUCAGCCUGGACCGCUAG